UGUUGAUUCUCACGCGACUGCGCACGUUCUGCACGUCUCUUGAGGCACCAUGGCGCACGUCCAACCUCCGCAGGGCACCCCAGGCUCAUCAAAUGUUCCUCCGAGAUCACCUACUACCGUGGCUGCGCAGCCCGCCACACGACGGACACCUCCUGCAGCUGCGCGGUUACCAGUUUCUGUGGCUUCGUCCGCACCUUCCUCUGCCACGACCACGAGAACCAUAUCGACAAAGCCUGUCUCCCGGAGAACGACCGCAGCUGGACCAUUUCGAAGGAUGACUAUCAAGCCAUCUGCUACGGGGCGCAGAGGAGUCGUGAUUUCCGUACCUUCACCCCAAGUGUCCCCUAAGAGAAGUAGAGCACUGGGGGCAAAGUCGAGGGGGAGAUCGAGAGGGAGAUCGAGGGGAAGAUCGAGGGCGAGGUCCAGGGCCGUGUCCAGGGCCGUGUCCAAAUUGCGGAGGAAAUCUCUCUCCCUCGCUGGCAAGGAACAUGAGACAGAGUUGUACGACUCUGAGGAGUCAUCAGUGAGCCGGAGCAAUCGUCGCUGCCGUCUCUGUUGUGUCAUCUGCAUAACAGAGGCAUUCGUCGUUGGAUUCAUCGUCUCACUAGUAAUCGGGUACAUGUUCCUGGUGGACUUGGACAACGGCCCGCCGUCCAAGGCAAUUGGGGCGGCGAAUCUGGUCGACAUAGUCUUUGACGUGGACGGACGUGCAAUAUUGGUGCCGGUUGAAAAUGUAUCUAGGAAGAACGACCCGUUCAGAAUAUGAGACACAGUCCGCAUAAUGAUAAGCGCUACACAGACGUUACAAUGUGAUAACGGAUUCUCUAUCGGCUGGUGUACAAGACUACAAGUUGAUGUUUGUGCUCGACACUAGACGUGUCGUAUUUACUUAUACAGGAUGUGUACCUACUGAGAAGAGCUCUUUCCUUGUCAGGUGUCGUGCCAAAGCUGUAGUAGGCUAUGCAAAUUAUUUCUGUUGGCCUGUGCGAAUACUAAGGGCGAAUCGAA